CCAAAAUAUAUUGAUAUCAAUUAUCAAUACACCUUGAUUUUUAGUGUUUUACACACGAUGAGUAAUGUUUACUGAUAAGAAACAAAAACAGAAUUACACAAACAAAUAGACAUUAUAGGUAUUGUUUUCGUAAUUUUUUUUUUGUAUUUUGUGUUUUCUCUUUAUCUCACAUAAGUCAUAGUUAUACCUAAAAAAUAUAUCGUAGGACGCAACUACGCAAGUAGAAUUUGAAGAACUGAUCAAUUUGCAUUAAAACAUCUACAGCAGUAUGCCGUUAGAAUGGUUAUUUGGGCGUCGUAUGUCGCCCGAUGAGAUGUUGAGAAAAAAUCAGCGUGCCCUGAAUAAAGCAAUGCGUGAUUUGGAUCGUGAAAAAAUGAGAAUGGAACAACAAGAAAAGAAAAUCAUUGUGGACAUCAAGAAAAUGGCUAAAGAUGGACAGAUGGAAUCGGUGAAAAUCAUGGCAAGAGACUUAGUAAGAACAAGACGUUACCAGAAGAAAUUUAUGGUGAUGAAGGCUAACAUACAAGCAGUAUCUUUAAAAAUACAAACACUCAAAUCACAAAACGCUAUGGGUCAAGCAAUGAAAGGCGUGACUAAAGCAAUGCAAAAUAUGAACAGGCAACUGAAUUUACCACAAAUUCAAAGGAUAUUACAAGAAUUUGAAAAACAGUCUGAAGUAAUGGAUAUGAAGGAAGAAGUAAUGAAUGAUGCUAUGGAUGAUGCGAUGGAAGACGAAGGGGACGAAGAAGAAACAGAUCAAAUUGUGACACAAGUAUUAGAUGAGUUAGGUCUUCAGCUUACAGAUCAAUUGUCUGGAUUACCCUCAGCUUCUGGCUCAAUAAGUGUAGCAGCCACUGGAAAAGUACCAAUUGUGGCUCAAGAUGGUGGAGGUGGUAAUAGUAGUGGUGGUGGUGCAGCUGCUGCACAACCAAAUGAUGCUGAUGCAGACUUGCAAGCUAGAUUAGAUAAUUUAAGGCGCAAGUGAACAAUAUCUUUUGCUAAACCUAUUGCGUAUAUGCAUAAUUAUAUACCAACCUAUUUGAUUGUAAAAAUUGUUAAAUAUUAUUUUCAUUUUAUAUGCAUGAUUUCAAUAUAAAAUAUA